AUGCAAGCCCAAGCAGCCGACAUCCCCAUAGUCAUUCGCCCUCACCUUCUGAUGGCAGAGGAGAUGAAAGCUCUCCAUCGCGUCGAGAUCGCAAUCGCUCAUCGAUCUCGAGAAGUCGCAGUGAAAGUGAUCACGAGAGCCGAAGUCGAAGUAUGCCAAAAGUGCCUCAAGGCAGAGAACGCGAUGCAGCUUUUAAGCGGCGUGGCAGCUCACUAUGUGAGCUGUCCACCGAGACUUCUUGAGAAAGACGACUUUUUACCAGCA